AUGACGUCCAGAGAGCACCUCGCAGCGAACGAUGAAUCAUCGGCGUCGACGGCAGCAGACACGACUACACCAGUGAGGAGGAAUUCGAGGUUUCCUUUCAGCACCUACCCGGGAAGGUUCUCGGGCACAACCCGAAUGUUUCGGGACCCGACCGAGCCAGGCUCCGGCACCAGGAGGUUCUCUUCGGUGGUCUAUAGCAGCAGGCUCGCCGGAGCAACGCGAACGUUCCGAGACCCGAUCGUCUCGCACGGUUUGGAGACGGCAGGCACACCGGGCGGCCGCUCUUCCACGGGUAGGCGCGGAGGUUCCCGCUCCGAUAUGGACAGAAUGACAUCGAAGGGGGCUUCAGAUUCUUCACCUACAACAUCCCCUGGAGGGAACCAAGCUUCCACCGCUUACGGCGGCAGCCGGCGCGCGAGUCUCUUCGAAUGGCUGGUGCCAAAGAAAGGCACAGGAGGAGCGGAGUUUUCGGAGUACGUGUCGGCGGUCGAGAGCGGUAGUGACGAACAACAGGACGCCGUCCACGAUGAGGAGCAGGAUCUCGGGCGUGGUUUUAGCGACUAUGAGUCCUCUAUGAACAUGAACUCGUUGAGGAGAGAAUCGGCAGUGGUGGAAGUAGCUGAAGAGGGAGCGACAGCAACCAUCCCAUCGAUCGACAACAUCAGCAGUGACCCCCCCCUCACCGCAGAAGUCCUUGAGCAGCAUACACGAACGCACAGCGGGGGGAAGAACAACAGAAGCGAAAGCAGGUCCAGUGCCACACUCAAUGGAAAUGAUACGAGGGAUAUAUUAACAGCCUCGGCGGGGCGCAGCCUACCCCGACCCAGAGGCACGAGCAUGAGCAGUCGCACGGGGGGCGAUGAUGAAGCGGGGGACGCGGUUCUCCCAGAGUUUCACCAGUCUCAUGACGAAACCCAAGAAGAGAUUACCAUCGAUGAACCCACCACACCCGCCGCCGCGGACAUCGAGGACAUCUACGCUGAUGACGUCACGCACGGAGAGUCGCGCCGGGUCACGUUCUUGUCCAGAACGAUGGGGCUGACGGUGGACAUCAGCGACCCGAUGCAGCCACAGCCCCCCGACGAAAUUGACCGGGAACAUCGGCAACAACACAAGAAACACAAUGAGUACGACCAGUGGCCAGCGUCACCCUGCAGUGGAGUGAUCCUGGAUACGUCCCCUCGAUACGGCACCUUGCAGGCAUUUCGCAAGGAAAUGGCUUCCCGUGGCAUCAACGCGCAGAUGUUUCACACAGGAUGGAAGGGUAGCUUCCUACCGCCCCGUGAUAUUCGUCUCUUUAUGACGGAUUCAAGAAAAGCAUCAGUGCUGUAUUGGAGGUACAAGACGGGACCGUUUGGUCGAAGGACCGCCGCAGGGGGCAACCAAGGCCUCGGCGCAGAGGAUCGCAGAGUGAUCCCCCUGAGCUCGUUAGCCAAUAUAGGCCCUGCGGAGCUCUACCGACACGGUGCCCCCAGCAGUAGGCGUAACCUCUUGUCGUGGCUCUCAAUCCCGUCAUCGCUCAGACGAGCAAACGGGGACUCACCCGUCGACUACAGGAAGAUUCAGAAGGACAAGGACUUGGACGGUGUCGACAACGGCAAGGCCGGGUUGGUCGAGGCCGUUCCCGUGCUAGCCCUGAGCUACUGGGUGGAGGGGAAACCGAGGUGGGUCGGAGACCACCCGAAGCGCCUUCUCGUGAUGCCGGACAGCCUGGACUCCUUCCAGCGCCUCUCGCACGGUCUACGCCUGUGCUGUCUUCACUUCCACAACUACUCCUGCCCUCAAGAUCUCGAAGAUAUCCGAUGAUGAUCUCUUGACCUUCGCUGGCCCACCAGCAGCGCGUGCGCUAAAGCACCGACAACGGGUGAACUUUAGUGUAGCACCUUGUCGGCUCGUUUCGUGUGCGGUCACAUCGGGCUCUUGCUUCCAAUUUGGACAUCACACAAUUCAAGAAGGAGGAAGGGCACGAGAAGAUGCCUACAAUAUAGCUUCGUCGGAGGAGGGUUAGCUCUAUGAGGGUUCGUUGUUUCCAGCAGGCAAUCUCCGGCGGAAAUUGAAUGCAAGCCGUGCUACCAGAGUAAAUAUCACUAAGACUUCACAGAAUCAAGUGCUUUCGAGUCGAAAGUUCACCGCCAGGAUUCACGGAGUCCAGGUGUGGUUCGCGCCCUGCGGAACCGGGACGUUACACGUGCUACAGGAAAGGAGAUAAUGGCGCAAGUUUGGAGCUUGAAUGCCGGGCAUGGCUUUUGUCGAACGCGGCCAGCUCGAAGUAGUUGAACCCACACAUUACAUGAUUUUCCACAGCCACCCCCACUCGAACACAAGUUCUUGACCUCGCCUCGCCUCUCCCUCCAAGGUGCGUGUGGGAGACAUCAACCCGAUGAUGCCCAAUAAGUCUCAAUAGAACGGGCGAAUUUUCCUCUGCUUGGGGUGCCACACAACAGCCUGAAGAGACCUGCGACAGCUCGAAUAUACUUCGAAUUAUCAAAUAUUUCUUCGAUAAAAAACAGUAAUACAGCAGCCAGGACUACUCCAGGGUGGCGCACACCAACAAAAGGCAAGGAACACAGACUAACGCCGAGACGACAUGAGCGAUCGUCCGUCACAGGAUUAUUUUGGUCACGAAGAAUCAAGGAAUGUUUCUGCCUUGCGCUUGGGAGCAUGAGAAGAGGCCACAACGCUACUUUUCAUUCAACAACAGCAGUUGCGCUCUCUUCGACGCGCGAGGCCGACACCUUUCCCCGCCGUGAUACCACCUUUUCCACGACAAGAUAACAAGAUAAUUUGAGGCAUAUUAUACCGACGACACUGCUCGUAGAUAUCCCUACCCUCUACGAUGAUCUUCAGCCCAACACUCAUUACGCCAACACACGCUACCCCUUC